CUUCGAUGUGUUUAGGGUUGUUCAUAGAUUGAAAACGUAUUGACAACCAUAGUAAAACUCCAGGGACAUGAAAUGAUUUAUACAAGACUAGGGUCACACAACGCACAACAGAACAGUGUCAGGCACAGCAGCGCUCACUGAUUCUGCGUAAUGGCUUCGGGCCGAGUAGAUCUGGACGGAAGGCCCAUAAAGCCCAUGACCAUUUGCAUGAUCGGCGCCGGUGGGUUCAUCGGCUCCCACCUCUGCGAAAAACUAAUGUCGGAGACCCCUCACACGGUUCUCGCCUUGGAUGUCUACAGCGACAAAAUCAAACACCUCUUGGAGCCCCACACGCUUCCUUGGGCCGGUCGCAUCCAGUUCCACCGCCUCAACAUCAAGCACGAUUCGCGCCUCGAGGGCCUCAUCAAGAUCGCAGAUCUGACCAUUAAUCUCGCUGCUAUUUGCACCCCCGCGGAUUACAACACGCGCCCCUUGGACACCAUUUACAGCAACUUCAUCGACGCGCUUCCCGUCGUGAAGUACUGUUCGGAAAACAACAAGCGUCUCAUUCAUUUCUCUACGUGUGAAGUGUAUGGGAAAACGGUUGGGAGCUUUCUCCCCAAAGAUAGCCCUCUUCGUAAGGAUCCUGCAUACUAUGUGCUUAAGGAGGAUGAGUCUCCUUGUAUUUUUGGUUCAAUUGAGAAGCAGAGGUGGUCGUAUGCCUGUGCUAAGCAGUUGAUUGAGAGGCUGAUUUAUGCUGAGGGUGCUGAAAAUGGCUUGGAAUUCACAAUUGUGAGACCUUUUAAUUGGAUUGGACCAAGGAUGGAUUUCAUUCCUGGCGUUGAUGGGCCAAGUGAGGGUGUUCCCCGUGUUCUGGCCUGCUUUAGCAAUAAUCUCCUCCGUGGAGAGCCCCUCAAGCUUGUGGAUGGUGGCCAAUCCCAGAGGACUUUCGUGUAUAUUAAGGAUGCUAUUGAAGCUGUCUUAUUGAUGAUUGAAAAUCCUGCAAGGGCCAAUGGGCAUAUUUUUAAUGUGGGUAACCCAAACAAUGAGGUUACAGUUAGGCAGCUUGCUGAAAUGAUGACUCAGGUUUAUUCAAAGGUAAGCGGAGAAGCAUCUCUAGAAAAACCCACUAUUGAUGUGAGCUCCAAAGAAUUUUAUGGUGAGGGAUAUGAUGAUAGUGACAAGAGAAUUCCUGACAUGACCAUAAUUAAUAGGCAGCUUGGCUGGAAUCCUAAGACCUCACUUUGGGACCUGCUUGAGUCCACUCUCACCUAUCAGCACAGGACUUAUGCUGAAGCCAUUAAGAAAGUCAUUGCAAAGCCAGUGGCAAGUUAAACUUAAUGGUGAUGUACUGCAUUGAGAAGAGUGUUCAGCCCAUAGGGGCACUUACGUAUAGUUUACUGGUUGAUUUUAUUUAUAUACAUGGUAAUUUUCCCCUUGGUUUUGGGUUUGGUAGCUAAGGUAGCCCAUGCCUUCUUUAUUGCAUAUUUAUGAGGAAGUAGGAAUUUAGCAAGGACAAUCUGUGCUACUGCCUUGUAAUUUUCAUGCAGAGUUUCGGGCAUAAUUUAUACGAUGAAAGAAGCAUUUUUGUGUUGUAUGGAAUAGUGAUAUCUCAGGCAUUCAUGUGAUGUCUUUCCAUAUUCAGCUGUAACAUUUAUCAUGUUUCCUAAAUUAAUGGUCAUUAAUUUAUUUAAUGGAUUA